UAAGGUUUUAAACCGCUGUUGCUGUUCUAUUUUUAUUUCAAACAUCAUCUUGUAUAAUUAUUUUGAUCACCUGAAGCUGUUUAGUCAGUGCCGAUGUGCUGUGUAUUAACAUCUUCUUGCCUUUAAGCGUAAAAUCUCCUCAAUGGGAUCCGAUGAGAAGGAUUGGGUGGACGUGGCAAACAACGUUUUGUUGAAAUGUCACAUUAAUCUGAGGCUGGAACGGAUCUCGGAGUGUGAUGCAAAUGUGUUUGUGGCUUUGUAUGAGGCGAUCUUGGGAGAGAAAGUUCCAGAUUGUGUAGCUGCUGAACGUCAGGAAGAUGACAUCCACAAUGUGCAAUCUGUUAUUGACUCGCUGGCCUUAGACUACCUCCAGAUUAGUUUAUCUCACAUCACAGGUGAGAAUAUAGUCAGAGGAGAAAAAGAAUCCAUCAGAAACCUGUUGGAGAUUUUUGAUGGUCUGCUGGACUACCUCAUAGAACAGCAGAGUGAUGAGGAGCCCCAAAUUAAAGGGCUUAAUGGAAAAAACAGUGAUGCCACUGCAACUCUUCAACCUCGGAAUCAGGACAGAGACAAUACACAGUGUCGGGCCUUCAGCUUUCAAUCUGCACUCCAGUCCAGCGAACGUUCCCUCUGUUCCUGGAAUGGGGAUGAAUUCAAGUCAACCACUGAGCUCAUCAAACUGAGGGAUUCUGGCUGCAUGUUCAUGGCCAAACAAGAAGUGUUGCCUGCUGUCCUUCCUCAAGUGGAAACCUUAGAGAACGCGGUGAGCACGCAGACCACCCUCCUGAGAGAAUCUCUCUGGCCCACCAUUCCUCUCCAGCCUCCCUACCAGACCACCACCCAGAGACCCCCUUCCUCCACUGACAUGGCCCUGUUUUCUGAAGAGCAGACCAUACAGCAACCAGAAAACUCAUGUCACAAGAUUGGUCACUCAUCUGAAUGGGUUCAGAUCAAUGGAGAGUUGAACACUGAUGUUUCCAUGGAGACAGAGAAAUUUGAAUUCUGUCAGAGGGUAGUCCAUUCAGAAGAAUCUGAGGAUCAGGGAAAGGUAGACACAAGACCGAUCCUGUUCUGCACCAAGCCAGGCAGACACAGAGAGGUAGAGGAAAAAGAAGAGAGAGAGGAAGAGCAAGCUAACAGAUCAACAGACAUUUGCAUGAUGCAUACAGACGAGAGACAAGGUGCUAGGCAAAAAAGCGAUGGAGAUAGUUCUUUGUCUCUGCGCAGCCAGAGGAAUAAGGAGGCAGAGCGAGAACUACAUGAUAUGUCGGAGAAACUAUCUCAACGUCUGGAGGAACUUGAUCUGAUGUUGAAGCGUGCUCUGGGUGAGGUUGGAGAGAUGUGUGAGCCAGAAGAGGAAGAUAAACAGUCUCAUCAUAGCGACAGCAUCAUGGAAAGACGCACUCCUAAAAACAUAGGUUCAUGUCAUGCUAGAGCUCAUGCACACUCAUUGUUGGACUCCCCUCCAACUGCACAGCGCUCCUUCCAGCAAGAUGCUCUGAUCAAAGACCACAGCCAGCUACGGCAAAAGAACACCCAGAUCCCCAGAUCCUGCAUCAAGUCAUCUUGCUCUCGAUCUUCCCGAACCAGACUCCAACAGACAGCCAGAAGAGAGACCCAUUCCUUGAGAGUGAAGGAGAACAAUCUUCUUCCCAUUCUGCUGGAUGAGUUUCCGCAGGUGCAGCUCUCUCCUCACACUCUGUCCCGCAUGUGGAAACAACAGCUCAGACAGAUUGACCAGCUCAACUCCUCAAAAAACCAGAGCAGACACAUACUACCCAAACGUUUAAACCAACUGGAAGAAGCUCAGAAAAGACAUGACAUGCUGGUGCAGAUCAUCCGCAAAGAACAGGAACACAACAGUCGUCUGAGAGUGUUCAGAGAGAGCAUCCAACAGCAGAAGUUUGCUCAGAAUAAGCUGAGAGAACAGCGACAACAGUUUGCUCGUGCUAAAAAAUACUACAGUAUCUAUCACGUUCAGCUACGUGCCAAACUGAUGCAAGCAAAGACACAAGAGGAGCGAAAGCUCAAGCAGAUCUUUGAAGAAGGAUUGGAACGUCAGAAGGCUCAUCUGAGAGAGCAGCGAGCAUACAGUAAAGAACUGCUUCAGGAGAACUACCGCAAAUACCAAGAUGAGAUUGAAGCCAUGGAGAACUACUACAGAGACCAGUUUUCUUUAUUGGCCGAAACCUUAGCCCAUGAAAGGCAAGACAUACAAAUUCGUACAAAAGCACAGGAAAAGGCUCUGCAGAAAAUGAAAAGAGAGUUAAGGAAUAAAAUGGAGAAAGAGAUUGGCGAGCUGCAGAAGAUCAUUAUUCAGAAUGACGAAAAUAAUUAUUUCAGAGACUUGGAAGUGGAACGCUUACGGAAACAUGUACAGAUGGCAUCUUUCCAGUACACUACCAGAUGACUGCAGUGAUCGCUAGCCAAUUAAGCUGUGAUGGAUACUGAUUCCCAAUGCAUCUCUCUUACAUACUAAUCUUUAGAAAGGUACCUUAAAAAAAGUAGAUGAAAUUUAAUGUGUAAACAAUUUGAGAUGUACUUGCAUUGUUCUUGUAAAACAUUAACAUUACUGUAAUAUUGUUGCUUUGUUUUUUGUAUUUUUUUUUAAGAACACCUAAUGUUGCACCUGAAUACUGGCAUCAAGUCAGACAGAAGUCAGUAUCAGCUUUGAUCAGUUUAUAAUGGAAGGUUUUUUGGACUUUAAACUUGUCUAUAGGACAACAUUUGCAGUCUUGCUUUUCUUGCUAAACUUUUUAGUUACACUUUCACUGCUGAUAUAGUCUUUCAAUUUAUUGACCCUAAUCUUGAGAAACCUUUCACCUUAAAUGUGCUUCCCGAGUUAGUGUGUGAACUAGUGUCUUGUAAUAACACUAAUCAUGAUUGUUUUGGUAUUUACAUCAAACUAAAUGUUGAAUUGUUCUUGAAUAUCUUUUUACUGUAAAUUCAUAAAAAUAAAAAAAAAGGAAAUGCCGCACACUAUCAAUACUUGCAAAAAGUUUCACAAAAUAUUUAUUAGCAACAUUUCGGUCUCAUGACCUUCAUCAGGCAUAUGCCAUAUUGCUGAAUUAUGAUAUAGAAUUAUGCUUGGAUGUUUGAUUAUCCAAGUCCAUCUAGCACUGUUUUUGCUAGUAUUGAUGGUGUGCGGGAUUUCCCUUUGUUUUUUAGAUUUUUAACUUUUUUUGUUCAUCAGUUACCUGCAGGUGUGCAAUGGUAAUUGUUAAUUUCCUGUAAAUUCAUGCCAUGACUUAAUAAUUAAAUCUCAUGUUUUCUGAAUUUAGAUUCAAACAAUCAAUCUCUGAUGUAAAGGGAAAUAUUAGCCCAAAAAGGAAAUAUUUAGAAUAAAUUAUGAUCAAUAAAAUGUAUUUGGAUCAAAUAA